AUGGAUAAUCUCGAAAUUUGGUGCUUUUAUGUGAUUAUUUUCCAGAAAUGUGGCCCUCAGGCACAAUCUACUCCUCUCACGGAGAGAUUUGGUGGUUCGAUUACGAAUAAGUCUCAAUCGAGUACAAGGGACAGCUUUGAUGACCUCAACGAUUGCGUUUUGCCAGUGAUUCCACCUAGUCAUUCACCUACUCGUAGAUCAAAAGAGGAUUCAACUCGUGAAGAUGAUCCCAUGGCUGACUCGGACGACUCAAGCCUGGCAGCCGCCUUUGACGUAUCUCUUCGAAUCUCGCCUGGCCACAAUGAUUCGUGCGGGUCGAUGGCCACAUUGGCGGAAGGAGCGCCUCUUCAGUGCACUACUGUGAUGUUGGUGUCGCUCCAGUACAUGUUCGCUCUUUCCAAAACCUUUCGACUUCGCCGUUGCCCGAACUUGAACAUAUGCAAGAACCAGGAUGUUCAAGCACACCUAUCCUGGUAA